AUGUCUGUCAGCCAGCUCGCGGGAAACCGCAACAGCACCCCCGAAGCGGGGAGCUCCUCCCUUCGCCCUCCGUCGUCCCGCGCCAUCGGCGCGAACCAUCAUCUCAGAGCUUCCGCUGACAUGGGUGUCUUCGCCUCCUCGCCUCUGUCGAGCCGCGGCAUCCGCCCUUCGUCCGAGGUCUACUUCAACAAAGCCGGAAACCAGGAUGAGGACAACAUGGACAAGGCCGCGCAACAGUGGAUUGCCGACAUCGACCAGUAUGAAACCACGCUGGAGGAAAUGGCCGCUGCUACUUUGGACCAAGAUUUCAAGGACGAGCUGAGCGCCAUCGAGCAGUGGUUCCGCGUUCUGAGCGAGCCGGAAAGAACUGCUGCUCUGUAUCAACUCCUGCAGCAAACCACCGGCGUUCAGCAGCGUUUCUUCAUCCAGGUCUUGCAGCAGAUGGCCAAGAGCCACCCCAUGUCUGGCGUUCUCUCCCCGGCCAACUUUGGCGAGAAGGACCCCAUGUCUCAGAAGCUCAGUGACGCUAUGAGCAAGCUCAACGUCGAAGGAUCUCGCAACUCUAUGGGACUUGGCCGUCCGCCACCAUCCCCCGGCGCAAAGCGCAAUUCUGGCCUCGACCCCAACACUAUCAAUUCCAUGUUCCCUGAUGCGGCUGCAGCUAUUGCGAAGCAAAAGGCCGAGUUCACUCAACACACUGGUGCAGUGCCUCCUUCUAACCGCAACAGCGCUGUAGGCGACAGGUCUUCUCUCAUGGCGCCGACCAUUUCCGCUCCGGAUGACUCCAAAAGGGACAACCAGCAACAACCCCCCGCUUCCCCCUGGGGUCCGCGUAGCUCCGAAAACCAGCCGCCCGUCUCUCGCCCGAAGUCCUCUUCUGGUCAGCAGCCCAUGGGCCAAUUUUCUCAGCCGCCUCCCUCGGCUGGCGGAUUGCGUUCCCCGCGUCCUAUGAUUUCCGGCGACACCAACAUCCAGAGCACAACUCUUGCCGCUCCCGAUAACGGUGGAGCAGGCAUGCCUAUGCUUUCGCCUUAUGGUGGACCAAGCGGCGGCAGCUGGGCUUCUAUGGUGAACACGCCAAUGGUCGGGAACUUCCCGCAGAGCAACACGCAGGCGGACAUGGUUGCCAAUGCUACUGCGAUGAAGCUGGCAGCUCUUUCCACCGUCAACAACCGGAUACAGCUGGAUGAUGUUCGCAAGUACCGCCGCGCCCGCUCGUCCGAAGGACAAGGAAAUGGACAGCAGCAGCACAACAACCAGAACCAGGGCAUUCCUGCCAACCUCGUGAUGACAAACGAAUAUGGCCAAGUUCUGUCUCCUCAGCAAGCAGCUGCUUUGCAAGCUCAGCAGCUCGCAGCAAUGAACGGUCGCCGGUCUCGCCCCAACUCUCCUGGUAUUGCUAUGCAGGGCGGUGGUCCUCUUAGUGCUAUGAAUUUCGCGUCACCCCAGAACAAUGGCUUCCUGGCCGCUUAUGAUGGUGGUAUGGGUGGAAUGGGCGGCAUGGGCGGUAUGAACAACCUGCCUAAUAUGAACCUUGGACAAUUUGGCGUCAAUCUUAGCCCUGGUUCGCACCACGAAGGAUACCUCUCGGACCACUCCGAGAUUAACCGUGGCCGUUCUCCGCGUGGACGGAGGGGCAGCUCCAAGCCGCCAGAGGAUCCUACGGACCCCAACCUUUUGCAAGACAUCCCUGCCUGGCUCAGGAGUCUGCGCCUACACAAAUAUACGGAUAACCUGAAGGAUCUGCAGUGGCAGGAGCUGGUUGAGUUGGACGACGAGGGUCUGGAGAAGAGGGGCGUCAAUGCGCUGGGUGCUAGGCGUAAGAUGUUGAAGGUCUUCGAGCAGGUCAGGGAGGCCAAGACGGGGGGAAAGCUGUAG